GCUUCCGCUGGAAGAAGGUUUUCUUUCCGGGCUGGCCAGGCGGCGGCCCGCCCCCCACCCCCCUCCGCCCCUUUGAGGUUCCCUGUGGGGUGAGGCGGCUCAACCGGCUCCCGUCGCCGCGCUGCUGCAAGCUGGGACGGGAGGGGCCUGGGUGUAGCCCUUAACUCCCGCGAAGUGGAGCUCCUGACCACGCCCCCGCAAAGUCUGUUACGUACUUUCACCCCCUGACCUUUGAGGAGGGAGAAUUCUGGAGCUUGAGGAAAUCAUUUUCCAUUCCCAGCUAUAAAGGAAAAAGAUGGUUACCCACCACCGCGGCAACACCUCUAAGUCUUAUUUUCGCACUUCCUGUCUUCAGAUUCUGAAUUUUCUCCCUUUUCUUUGUUUCUCCUCCGGUGGGGGUUUGUAAGCAUUGACUGCAGCUCUGGAUGAAGUUCCUUCUGUAGGUUUUGAGUCAACAGCUGUGAGUCAUCUUGGUAAUAUCGGGUUGGGUGCCUAAAGCUGCGGGAAAAAGGAUCAGGAGAACUUUCAGGAAGAAACUAUCCAACAAUUCAGAUAUGGCAGAAAUGAAGUCAAUGUUCCGGGAAGUUCUUCCAAAACAAGGGCAGUUGUCUGUAGAAGAUAUAACCACAAUGGUGCUGUGUAAACCCAAACUUUUACCCCUAAAAUCUCUGACUCUGGAAAAACUGGAGAAAAUGCAGCAAGCAGCACAGGAUACAAUUCGCCAACAGGAAAUGGCAGAAAAGGAACAACCGCAAAUAAGUCACUGAAUGAUAACUUAGCACUUCUGCAGAACACCCUACACCUUCCUUAUUAUUAACAAUAGCUAGAAAAUAACCUGCAUCUGUAUGCUGAAAGCAGUAUGUAUUAAUAAAACAGAUUUUAUUCCCAUAAUAUAAAAAUAACCAAGAUUAAUAAAACUUGGAUUGUGAAUUUAAACACUCCGAUUUGGGGCUUCCCUGGUGGCGCAGUGAUAAGGAAUCUGCCUGCCAGUGCAAGGGACACGGGUUCGUGUCCCGGUCUGAGAAGAUCCCACAUGCCACGGAGCGGCUAGGCCCGUGAGCCACAACUACUGAGCCUGCGCGUCUGGAGCUUGUGCUCCACAAUGGGAGAGGCCGCGACAGUGAGAGGUCUGCGCACCACGAUGAAGAGUGGGCCCCGCUCGCCGCAACUGGAGAAAGCCCUCGCACAGAAACAAAGACCCAACACAGCCAAAAACAAAUAUAAAAUAAUUAAAACAAAAAACACUCCAGUUUGUACUAAACAGAAGCAAUUUUAAAACUUUGAACCCAGAUUUUGGUUUUUUUUUAACCCAAGUUUUUAGAACUGCCAAUUAUUGUUCACCAUUCCCAUCAAUUUUCUAGAUAACAUUCUUAGGCACAAGUGAGUAAAUGCACCUUUUAUAGUCAGAGAAUCCUGUAAAUGUUUAUUAAAAACUGAAUUUGAAGAAUUUUGUGUCAUGACACAUUUAAGGCUAUCUUGCCUGACCGAUACUACUAGUAAUGACAAAACUGUAUUUCUUAAACAAAUUUAAUUUUUAAGAAACCCUCACCUAUCCAGUAGUUACCUAAGCUUUUAAUUAUACUGAUUUUACGGACUUACCUGGCCACCUUUGUCUUCCAGGUAUCAAACACAAUUUUAAAACCCUAAAAAUGGAAAUUAAUAUGGACUUGAAAGAGCCCAUGAAGUAAAUAUGAACAUAAAAUUGAAAGUUUUCGUUCUAAAAGACUGUAGCUAAACCUGUAAUGGAUAUGUUCUAAGAAUACCUCUGUGAAUUCUCAAUAUAAUUCUUGGUUGGUUUGCUGCAGUCAGUAUCAGACAAUUUAAAUUAGUAUAGACCUUGAGGCCUUGCUGAGUAUUUAGGCUUGGCAAAAGAGGUCAGAAAUGUGAUCAUUCUUUAGAUAACUUAUUUAUUGGUAACUAUUUUCUCAGACACUGGGUAAAUGUAAAACUAUGAGUCUUUGAAGAAUAAUUUUUUGUAACACAAGCAUUACUUGGUAAUAGAACUUAAGAAUUAUGAAAGGUAUAUAUGUUUUAGAAAUUUCAUUAAGCUCUAGAUAAGAUCAAAAACAGGUAAGUGUGCAAGUAUUUCCCACCAAGUAUAAUAUUAAAAUAAUUCAUUUACUACUGUACUCUUGUUUUAAAAGUUUUCUAGGAGCAAAGUUUAAAAUUCACUAGGUUCAAACAUGCUCUUUUAUAUGAUUUAAAAUUUGUUGUGUGAAAUAUGUUUUUUGAAAGCCCUAAAAUAAAGGUACUCCCAAUAAAGAAUCAACACUGCUUCACAUGUUUUAUUUUGUCAUACAUUCUUCUAGAACUGGGUUCAUUCGUCCAGUUCUGUAGAAAAAUAGAUGUUCCAGCCACCAUUUACUUAACUGUCUAGUCUUUAAGACUGAGCAAUGUUCCCUGGAAAGAUGAAUAAGUCUCAUAACUAAGUCAUUUUUUUAAAAUUCUUUAAGACAAAGAAAUAACUUUUUUUUUUUUUUUAA